AUGGCACUAUCUGAAUCACAAUUACGAGCCAUCUCUGCCACAGAGCGGGUCUGUUCGGCUAUCUCUCUUAUUGGAACCUUUAUCAUAGUCAUCUCUUUUAUCUCAUCUUCCUCUUUCCGCAAGCCUAUCAACCGCUUAGUGUUCUAUGCAUCAUGGGGCAACAUGAUGGCAAACGUCGCAACCCUGAUGUCUCAGUCAGGAGUCCGGUUGGGAACCACAAGUAUCCUUUGCCAGUUCCAGGGCUUCCUUAUUCAAUGGUUCAUGCCCGCUGACGCUUUGUGGACGUUUGCAAUGGCCUGCAACGUGUAUCUCACUUUCUUUCACAAGUAUGAUUCUAAACAGCUGGAGCGAUUGGAAUCGAGAUAUGUACUGGCUUGUUACGGGCUACCUUUUACUCCUGCUUUCGUCUACUUUUUCAUAGAGACCGAAACUCGGGGCAAGAUUUACGGGGCAGCAACACUUUGGUGCUGGGUCUCGAAUUCGUGGGACUUUCUUCGCAUUGGUCUAUUUUAUGGGCCAGUGUGGAUGAUUAUGUGCCUGACCAUCUUCAUCUAUGUGCGCACAGGGAGUGUUAUCUACAACAAGCGGCAGCUGCUGAACCGUGCCGGAAAUACGGACACUACCAAUAUGCCCGCAGGUUCGACUAGUAUUCAAUUCUCCAAAGUGACUGAGUUUUCAAUAACCCGCGAGGUUGUACAAACCAUGCCAUUACCGAUUGGAGAAGACGAUGACCCAAUAUCGACGAAGAGUCUCCACGCCUUUUACUGUCCAUACUCAGUCACCAUACAAGCCGGCAACGAGCACGAGCCUCGUGAGAGCCCUGCAGAAGAAUCACUGAGAGAUGAUCAUAUCAGCGGCAACCGACGCCCAGCGACUAUGACGGAAACAAAUUCGGCAGCAUGGGCUUACAGCAAAUAUGCGAUUCUGUUCUUUAUUGCUCUCCUGAUUACAUGGGUGCCAUCCACUGCUAACCGGGUAUAUUCAUUGGUUCUCCCUAACAAGUCCAACUUUGCAUUGAACUUUAUGGCCGAAAACACCAAUUCCGCCCACAGAAUUAAUCGAGCCCCUGCCUCUCCCUCUCCUCCGCCUCCUGCCCCUGUCGCUUUUACCCCCGGACCACGCGUCGCCAAAUUGCAAGAGAUCUUUGACAAAGCACUCGCGCGUACUCUACGUGCGAACUCAUAUGCGAAUUUCUCAAGCUGCUUUCCUACCCCCGCUAAGCAAGUCCCUGCCAGUCUGGAGUCCGUCUGGCGACAGUUGAAUGCGAAGCUAGAGGAGAGUGCCAAAGCAGAAUUUGAAGACAUAUUGACGGAGCGAGAUGCUAUCCGGCAGUUGAAUGAGUUGGAUCGAUUGGUUGGGGAGGCGAGGUACAGAAAAGAUCACGGGGUUGGGCAUGAGAGUGUUGCUCCGCAUACGUUGCCACCUGAUGAGCUAUUUCGAGCCCAUCUCCUGCCAUUUAUGCAGGAAACACGUUUGACGCUGAAGACUAAGAUCGAGUCGGUUCAGAAUGAGAACUCGAAACUGGCACAACGCGUGCAAGCGCAAAGAGAAAAUAUUCAGAACUUGCUGUCAAGCUUGGAGUCUGUUGUUGCAGAUUUGGAGGGUGCUGCUGCUGCUGCGACACAGUUUAGUUGCGAUAAUAACCUUCGCCAAGAAGCCGCCAAAAUGGAUGUUGAAGUCAGGGCUCAAUCUGAAAUAUGA